AUGAGCGCUUUCUUACCAGAUGAGGGGGGGUAUCUGUGUGCUUUCUGUGCCAAAACAACCAAGACCAAUACUGCAAUGCAGAAACAGACAAUUCAAAAACAUUAUCCAGAAUACCGUCACCACACAAACCGUAUGCUUCCGCACCUAAUCAUAUACACUCCAUCCCCUUCUAUCUUCUUCAUCAGCACUGAUCGAGCAAGAUAA